AUCAAAUAUAUCUGAAAAAGGAAGUGGGCUGUCGGUCGUUUAAGAUUGUAGAUCAUGGAUAUGUUUAGCUAGCAACGCUAAACUUUAAUCAUUAAAAUAAUAUAUCUGCGUUAUUAAUUUCUAGCCUUUUGAGGUUUUUCCACACAGAAUGAUAGACGACUUCGAGAAACAGGAGGUUCGGUCCAGCGGGGAGCUUUGGUCCGAGAUCUGCUCCAGCCUGCCGGAGGUGCAGACUGAGGCGACCCCGGAGAGCAGCACAGACUUCAAAGACUCAUUUCACCCGCCUGUGCAGGUUAAUGGACAAGCAAAUGGGACAGAUACCAGUCCAUCCAGUGCCAAAUGGGAACCCAUGGAGGAUUCUGAGAUUUACAUAGCCACUCUAGAAAACCGCCUGAAGAAGAUAAAGGGCCAGUCCAGUGAUGUGACCUCCAGGGACAUGCUGCACUCCUUGUCUCAAGCCAAAAAGGAAUGCUGGGAUAGAUUCCUACACGAUACCCAGACCUCAGAGCUCUUCCAAGGGGGCGACAUGGAUGAGAGUGCUCUCGAACACUUCAAGAGGUGGUUGAUUCCAGAGAAGGUGGCCAUCAGUGCAGAAGAGCUGGAAUAUCUCCUGAGGCCCUCUCAGAAUAAGGAAUCAGCAGAGUCGGACCAAAUGCAAAACGGAGAGGACGCAGAGAUGCAGAAACCGGAUGAAGAUGACGCUCACCAGCCAGAGAAAUGAGUGAAUUAAAAUGGUAACAUGGAAAGAAGAACUUACUUCCUAUAUAGUCGGUAAACGUGACUUCCUGCUCUCAUAUUGUGUCAUUGCAGUGUUUUGGCUAUAGCCUUUGUUAUCAGUGAUUAUAGCCUCUCAUCACUGUCUGUAUCCCCAGCAACUGAGUGUUAAACACUUAUUAACUCACAUGCAUUUUGUCCUCUCUAUUCAAUGACACUGCACCUUGAGAACACCUAAUAAAGAACGUGAAAUGAUACCUUUUUGUCCUCUAGCUGUAAUCAGUGUCUCCUACUAUGUUUACGAGAAUGGCUCUUAACUACAUAUACAGAUGUUCAUUGAGGACCAUAUGUAGUGUCACAUGAGAAGUGAUGUUAACAAUGCAUUAAUUUUUCAAAAUGUUAUUUUUCUGUCAUUAAAAGGCUGACAUCAUAAAUUAGAAUGGCUGUGAUUGUAACAUACUGUGUAACGUUUUAUUAAUUUCAUGUAGAAGUUUUUAAUGAUGUUUCAAUAAAAUAUAAAAAAAAAAUGGUAAA